UAUUCUGAGCCUAUAACAGUCCUGGAUGCGAUAACGAACACCGAUACCGGUCCUGAAACUGAUCCGAAAUUCAUAACGUUACUGGAACUGAUCCGGAGUCCAUAACGUUCCUGGAGCUUAUCUCAAACUUAUACCAUCUCCUAGAAUUAAUUAUUGAGUAACGUCUGUCCUUAAACUGAUCUUGAAUAAAUAACGGUCCUGAAAUCAAACUUGACCUCAUAUCGGAUCUAGAAAUGAUCCCUUACUCAUACCGGUCCUGGACCUGAUACUGAACCCAUAUUGAUCUUGGAACUGAACUGACACCCAUACACUGAUCCUGUAACCUUAAUUCGUUGAAUUGAAUUCUAUUCCUGAAUUAAUGGAGGGAGUUUCGAAACUGAACCUUCCGAUUGUGAUGCCGAAUCCGAUCCCGGAAUUGAUUCCGAUAACAACUCCGGGACCCGAUUCGGGGCGGGAAUCGCAAUAGGCUCCGGAAUAGGAAUCAGAUAUGACUCGGGAAUUGGAAUUGGCUCCGGAAUCUUAACCAGUUCUGGGAUAUAAGAAAAAAUAAGAAGUUUUAGAAGCGGUCGGAAUCAGUUGAAUCUGUAUGAGAUCUGUAUUGUUUAAAAGUACAAUUGGCCAAAACCAAUUUUAACUCCGGAUCAAAUACUGGUUACUGAAUCGAUUGCCGGCUUUCUCCAAAGUUUUCUGGAAACUAAUUUCAAAUCUACUGUCCCGGAUCGAUUCCGACCAAAACUAAUCUGAUUUUUCUCAUCACUAUCAUGAACGUAUGCCAGUUUUGUAUUUGAUUCUGAUUUCAUGCCAAUCUUGAACUAACCCUGCAACAGAAUCCCAACCCAUACCGGCCGUGAAAAUGACCCGGAACCUAUAUCAAUCUUGGAACUGAUCCUAAAUCCUUAUCAGUCCUAGGUAUUAAUAGCGUAUCCAUAUCCGUCCAAAAAUUGAUUCAAAACCCUACCGGUCCUGGAACCGAUUAAGAGCCUAUGUAGGUUCUGGACCUAGCCCUGGAACUGUAGUUCUUUUGGGCACAUUAAGUGAAACUCGCUCCGUCGUAUCGUGCCUUUCGUUGUCCACGAUACAACCCACUGUCCAACACCACACGUUUUCCCGCGCAGCACGCAGUUGCACGUUUGCAUGCAACAACACACGUUGCACGCAACAUUGCAGCCACGAUUCAAGCAAAUUCAAACCGAGCGCAAAAGGGACGAACAGAAACCACCCUCCGCGCGUGCUGUUGCCACUAGCAACGACCCUAACAAAAACACCAACAGAUCGAUGUUUUUCCUCAUCAGCGCAACCUUGCACAGUUUGAUUCGUGUCGUUCCGUGCGUUGCUGCUCCUCGGGGCAUUGUGUGUGUGUGUGCGAAAUCAGAGCUCAUAUUUACCAGGGUGCAAAAAUGGUAACACAACGUGCUGGUGCUUCGGUCGUUUGACCCACGCCACGAGCGACACGAGCAAGUUGGAUCCUACUGUCCGGGCCAAAACCAAAAGUACCAAAAAUUUGCGUGUCUUUAGUACAAAUUAGUGGAUCACAGUAGCCCGCGGGAGCGAGGGGGCAAAUUGGGAGGAACAAAAAUCAACAAACAACCAAAAUGGGCAAAGAUUCGGUGCGCGAGAAGGACCUCCCGGGGAUGGCGGCGGCCGCCACCGCCACUAGUGGCGGCCGACGGUCGGGCCGUCCCGUCAGUGCGUCGCCGUACUCGGAGCACUAUCGACCGCCGAUCGAUCUCUGCCAGCGGCACCUGAUCAACCACCGGCUGCUGGUGUCGAAGCUGACGCGCCGAGAGCUGGAGGACAAGUAUCUCAGCCUGUGCGACGAGAACUACACCAUCAAGAAGCGGUUCCUGGAGCAGGAGGAGCUGAUCAAGCGGCUGAAGACGAAGCUGUCCCGGCUGUCGAACGAAAGCAACCAGCGGUCCAAGUCGCGCCUCGAUAUGGCCUCCAGCGAGCAUUACAGCAGACUGCACGAUCUGGAGCUGCAGCGGCGCGAGCUGCACGAAAAGCUGGAAGCCCUGCGUCGUGCCACCUCGAACGAUGGGCGUAUGCGGGAGAACUCCGUUUGCAAAGCACGGCAAAGUGCACCGGCCAGCAGUCAGCGCCGUUCGAAGAGUGCCCGUCCGGCCAAAGAGACGGCCGGUGGGCGGCGGGAAUGCAAAUCCACAUCCCCGUCGGCCGAUGGUUACGAUGAGCGGGAGGAACGGCUGCGCCAUCGAUUAACGCGACAAGCUGGCGGCAAGGGCCGUACCAGCACAGACGACCGGACCGAGGAUGACGAGGAGGAGGAAGAGGAGGAGGAGGAGGAGGAGAGUCAUGCCGUCGCUGCGGCACGCCGCUCCAGUCACCGGAAGUCGUACGGUGCGGACGAUGAGGAAGAGGAGGAGGAGGAAGAGGACGAAGAUUCCGAUGACAAGGAUGUGCGGGAGACGCUGGACGAAGAUCGGGACGUGCUGUCCGGCGGUGGCAGUGAGGAGCUAAACGAAAGCGAACGAGAUUCACCGGCAAGUGGGGCAGCAGGCGGCGCAAAGUCCAUCAGCAAAGGCCGUCGCCAUGCGGCCAAAUCGAAGGGUCGGCAGGCGGCGGGCGCCCACUGUCCGGACUGUGAGCGGCAUCGGGCGGAGCAGGUGACGCGCGAAACUGACCUCGUCAAAAUGAAGCUCAACAUCAAGUAUCUGCACAAGGAGCUACAAAACGAGAAGGAAAAGAGUACGCUGCUCGCCCGCCAGCUGGAGGAGAAGCUGUCGUACGAAAUUAUGAAGCGCAACGCGGCGGAGAACCUGGAAAUACUGAACCUCAACAGGCAGGUGGAGGACCUCGCGAAGGAGCUGCAGCGCCAGGUGGACGAGCAGAAGCGCUCGAUGGAGCACGAGCUGCGGAAGCAAGGUGAUCUAGAGGCGCAGAUACGCAAAGAGAAGGACAAAAAUGCUUCCCUGUUCGAGGAGUGCGAACGGCUGAAGAAGAACAUUGAGAAGCUCAAAGAGAACAUGUCUGAAGUGGAGAUCGAGCGUGACUUUCUGAAGCGGCAGCAGGAAAACUUUACCAAAAUCGUGGACGAAAACAAGCUGCUCAAGUACCAGCUGGACGAGCUGCGGAAGCACAACGAGGAGCUGCUGCGCCAGAUCGACACGCUGCGGGAGGAGGAGCUCGUCACGAAGGAGUCCCAGCGGGAGCUGCUGGAGAAGUUGAAAACGCUCCAGCAGGACAACGACACGCUGUCGGUGAUGCUGGAGGGGCUGCGGACGGAGAAUGUGCUGCUGGCGGAGGAGCGAACGCAGCUAGAGCAGAGUCUGAAGAGUCUGGAAGCGUCUCCCAUCAAGGAAGUGCGACCCGUGUCACCGGCACCCGUUGUUACCGUGAGUGCAUCGGUACAGACCGAACAGUUGGUCCGUGAGCAAGAACCUCUUCCUGCGAAGGAGCCGAAAGUGUUCCUCCGAGAACCAUCGGCCAUCGAGCGAAGGGUACCACCACAGGAGCUUGUUUCGGGACCAGCGAUCGAACCGAGAGCUCCGCUAUCCAGACGCUCCUCUGUGGUGGCCAGGAUGAGCCGGGAUAGGCACGUGUACGAGUCGGCAGAAGCGGCUCAGCAAAUAUUUCGUCAGGUCAGCGUCAGCCAGAUGAUACCGAAGCUGUCGCAUAUCAUGAACAAUCGCAUCGACGAACCGGCGAAGGUGAACAAUGUGGAGCUGCUGAUUGCAAACCGCUUUCCCGAGUCGUUGGAGAAAUCGUUCCGCGAGGAUGAGCGAUUUCAUAAGCUGCAAACUGCAACGCGCCGAAGAAACAGGGAACUUGACUCCAUAUCGUCGGGCGCGUCGGAUAGACGUAGAAUUUCCUUCCUAGAUGCGGGCAGCUCUAGUGAGACUGUAUCAAAAGGUGGCGAUCACACGGUGAAACAAAACUAUGCCCGCUACUUUGACAUUCAACGGCUUCCGUCCAUGUGGCACCGGAUUGCCGAGAACCCGAUGUCAAUAUCACCGACCACCACGACGCCCACAGUUAAUUCACAAGACGAUAACGAUGGUGGCACCACCUCCGAUCUACUAACGAUCGAGAUACGCUCCGUGCGAUGGAACCAACUGGGCAUCGAACGGCUGCUAGCCUCCAGCGUACUGUUCUACUACGUCGAGUUUACCUUUCUCGAUCUGUACGGCCAUCUGCUGGAAACACCGCUCCCGGCCAAACUCAUCACCGAAGACGGCGAAGUGCGGCAGAACCAUAACUUCAACUUUCGAGUGGCGGUCGAACUGGGCACAACGCUGCACGCAGAACGUCGCGCAGUGCUGAAGAAAAUGCUUCGCCCGGACGGUAACGAUGCGGUACGGUUUGUAGUGGUGAACGAGAAUCGUGCCUCCGGUCAGCACGCCUGCGAAGAUAUUGGAUACGCUUCCGUCAAGCUGCGGAAUGAGUUGCAGCAGCACCCCGGCGACGGUUCGGAGGAACUGGCGAUCGAUGUACCGAUUUAUGACUUUUUCCACGAGCAUGACGAGCUGGGCAUGUUGCGGAUUGUGCUCGACAAUGUGAAAUUGCUCCAAGUGCUGAUGGGUAAUGAAUCGUGAUCGAACAUGGGAACUGACAGAAGGGCAAAGCAUGGCAUGUCCGAAGCAUUAGAUAAUAAAUUGGUUACAGUUUUGGUUUUUUA